AUGCGAAGUGAAACGAGCGCAUAUGAUGCAGAUGUCGAUUUGCACCAUGCUGCGGCAGGAGAGCCGCAGCAGCCCGUCGCGCUUGAGCUGAGGGGCGUUGACACCGAAAUGGAGGAUGUGACUGAGUAUCUCAGCACAACCUCCGACACUUUUAGCUAUUGUGAGAACGUACCGGAAGAGCUGGCACACGAGGUGGAUAAGAUCCGGGGCCCCCUCUUUGGGGGCCCCACUACUGAGCGGUCGUCGCUCAUCUAG